AUGCUGGAUGGCCAGCUAUUCUCCGAGGGGCCCGAUAGCCCCCGGGAACUCCAGGAUGCGGAGUCUGGCAGCUGCCUCUGGGUGCAGAAAUCAAAGCUGCUGGUGAUCGAAGUGAAGACUAUUUCCUGUCAUUAUAGUCGCCGCGCCCCUCCUCGACAGCUCAUGGACUUCCAGGCCAGCCACUGGGCCCGCGGGCCCCAGAGCCGCACGUGUGGGCCGCGCCCGGGAUCCCCUGAGCCGCCGCCCCGCCGGCCCUGGGCCUCCAGGGUGCUGCAGGAGGCGACCAACUGGCGGGCGGGGCCCCCGGCCGAGGCCCGAGCCCGGGAGCAAGAGAAAAGGAAAGCGGCAUCGCAGGAGCGGGAGGCCAAGGAGACUGAGCGAAAAAGGCGCAAGGCUGGUGGGGCCCGAAGGAGUCCUCCUGGUCGGCCCCGCCCGGAGCCUCGGAACGCCCCUCGGGUGGCCCAGCCUGCAGGGCUCCCAGCUCCCUCACGGCCGGAGCGCCUGGGGUCCGUGGGGCGACCGCCCCGUCCAUCCGCGCAGCCGCAGAGCAAUCCAGGGGCGGCGUGGGCGGGGCCCUGGGGAGGUCGGCGGCCAGGGCCCCCCAGCUACGAAGCUCACCUGCUGCUGAGAGGUGCUGCCGGAAUGGCCCCGCGACGCCGCUGGGACCGGCCGCCACCCUACGUGGCUCCACCCUCUUACGAAGGCCCCCACAGGACCCUGGGGACUAAGCGAGGACCCGAGCCCUCGCAGGCGCCCGCCUCUUCAACCCCUGCUCCGACCAGGACAGAGGGAGGGUGCACAAAGAAGAGGCUAGAUCCUCGGAUCUACCGGGACGUCCUAGGGGCCUGGGGUCUCCGUCAGGGCCGGGGUCUCCUGGGGGGAUCCCCAGGCUGUGGAACAGCCAGGCCAAGGCUGGAGUCCGGUAAGGCGGCCGCGGAGAGAAGCCUGAGGCUGGCUGCUGCUGGCCUGAAGAGUGGUAGCGACGGCCAUCCCCAAGCCAAAACUGCUGGGAACCCAGGCACGGAGACAGUUCUUGCGGGGUCUGCACCUGCCACUCCCAGCCCCCCGCGUCCUGCUCCCAGGUCCAGGCCCCAUCCCAAGGGCUCCGGGGAAGGGAGAGAACAGAGCUGGCUCCCCAAGUGUUGGAUGCCCUCCGUUAAAAAGCAGCCGCCCCGACAUAGCCAGACCCUCCCCAGACCCUGGGCUCCGGGAGGCACGGGAUGGAGCGAGUCCCUGGGUCAUAGAGAGGAGGCAGGACCCGAGACCUUGGAGGGUUGGAAGGCGACCCGCCGCCCCCACACCCUGCCCCGAGGUUCCCGUGGCCCGGCUCGUGGGGAAGGCGUCUUUGUCAUUGACGCCACUUGCGUGGUGAUACGGUCCCAGUAUGUUCCGACCCCUCGAACCCAGCAUGUGCAGCUUUUGCCCGCUGGGGUGCCGCGCCUUGUGGGGAAUGCCCCCACCCAACUGAAGGCCGACAAGGAGGAGGGAGAGGGGGCCGCGGUCCUUCCUUCCCCUUGCCGAAAGCUGCUGUUGAGCAGUCGCCCUUCACAGCAGCCCGGUGGGGGACGUGGGCUCGAAGCUGACGGCGGGAAGUCCGCGGACUCCUCACUGGAGGAGCGCGCCUCCCGCAUCUUGGGGCUCCCGGUUGGCGAAGUAAACCUGCAGGAUGCCCCCACGCAGCCAGGUAGCCCAGAGCACUCAGCCUUAGGCCCAGCGGCUUCGGGAGGCGCGCGCAGUGCCGAGGGCUCGGAGGAAGUGGCGGCGGUCCCGCGGCGCGCAGGCCGGGGCUGGGCGCGGACCCCGGGGCCCUAUGCCGGGGCCCUGCGGGAAGCCGUGUCCCGCAUCCGCCGCCACACCGCCCCGGACUCCGACUCCGACGAAGCUGCGGAGCUCAGCGUCCAUAGCAGCUCUUCUGAUGGAAGCGACACAGAAGCUUCGGGCGCCUCCUGGCGGAACGAGCGGACCGGGCCCCCGGAAGGCGGGAAGGCCGCCGAGCUGAGCGACAAUAUCCAAGAGAUUCUAGAUGUCAUCAGCUGAACCGAGGAGGUCCUCUUCAGGGGCGAGGGACACUAAGGGGUCCCCACAGGGAAAUAGGGAGCGACAGUGAGAGGCCCUUUAUUGUAUUUGUGUCCCCUUUCUUCCUCACA